UGGCCAGGGAGCCGGAUUUGGAGCGCGGCGCCGGCGGGGGCCGGAGGGGGCGGCGCGGCGGACCUCGGUGGCCUCGGACGCUCCUCCUCGAGAGCGGCCGCCGCCCGCCUCCGCCUCGCGCCGGCAGCUCCCUCGCCCCGGCCGGCACCCGCCGCCUCUCCAGGCCGCUCACCCGGGACGCGCUCACCUGGGAAGGGGUGCUGGGCGCCCUCACCUGGGCCAGGAUGAAGGACCGGCUGGAGCAGCUGAAGGCCAAGCAGCUGACACAGGAUGAUGACACCGACGAGGUUGAGAUUGCUAUCGACAACACAGCCUUCAUGGAUGAGUUCUUUUCUGAGAUUGAGGAAACUCGGCUCAACAUUGACAAGAUCUCAGAGCAUGUGGAGGAAGCUAAGAAACUCUACAGUAUCAUUCUCUCUGCACCGAUUCCAGAGCCAAAAACCAAAGAUGACCUUGAACAGCUCACAACUGAGAUCAAGAAAAGGGCCAACAACGUCCGGAACAAGCUGAAGAGCAUGGAGAAGCAUAUCGAAGAAGACGAGGUCCGGUCUUCAGCAGACCUGCGGAUCCGAAAGUCCCAGCAUUCCGUGCUCUCCCGGAAGUUUGUGGAGGUGAUGACAAAGUACAACGAGGCUCAGGUGGACUUCCGUGAACGCAGCAAAGGGCGCAUCCAGCGGCAGCUUGAAAUUACUGGUAAGAAGACAACAGAUGAGGAGCUGGAAGAGAUGUUGGAGAGUGGCAACCCUGCCAUCUUCACUUCUGGGAUCAUCGACUCUCAGAUUUCCAAGCAAGCCCUCAGUGAGAUUGAGGGUCGGCACAAGGACAUCGUGAGGCUGGAGAGCAGCAUCAAGGAGCUCCAUGACAUGUUUAUGGACAUCGCCAUGCUGGUGGAGAAUCAGGGUGAGAUGUUAGAUAACAUAGAGUUGAAUGUCAUGCAUACAGUGGACCAUGUGGAGAAGGCUCGGGAUGAAACUAAAAAAGCCGUGAAGUAUCAGAGUCAGGCUCGGAAGAAAUUGAUAAUUAUCAUUGUGGUAGUAGUUGUGUUGCUGGGCAUUUUAGCGUUGAUUAUUGGACUUUCCGUUGGGCUGAAAUAAGAGUGGCCUAAGGGGCUGCUGCACUGAAAUAACCAGAUUUCACUCCAGCUUGGCCUGACCACUCUUGUCUCCAGAUGGGAACAGAGUCUGAGUGGCCUUCCUAAGAAUGAGGGGCACCUGUUCCUUUUUUUUCCCUGUAACCAUCCUUGGACCUGGCUCAGCAAGCAGUCUACCCCUGGAGGAACCUAGACUACCUGAUGCAGUCCUGAGUCUCCUCAAAACCACCUCCCACCCUAGCAGCUGAAGUAUCCUCCCUUCUGGACUGUGUGAAGCAAUCCAACAUUCCCUCCCUCUGGUGUGUCAAUUAUGCCUUUUGCCUUGGAAAAUCCCUGUGAGACCAGCCCGAGGCACUGUAUUUCUACCUCAUGGAAUUUCUCCUGGAAUAUACUUUGUAGAGGAGUAACUAACAAAGUAGAGGGGUUCUUCCAAGUUUGACUUAGAUCAGAGCCCCUUGCUGGCAGGAAGCCAGUCUUUUGUCCCAUAUCCUGAAAACAGGAGGGACUAACAGAUGCCAUUUAGCCUUAUAAUUUGGCUUAUUUGAAAUUCACCCUCUAACUAAGCUCUAACUUCAGCUUGUUGGCCACUUUGAUUUUUCUCUGUAUUUGCUCGUUUACUCAGAGGGAUCAGGGUGACAGUCCUUGGAAGCUACCAUAGGCAAAGACUGACGUUAUGGAAUAUGCUUCCAUGUCUGAGUCUUGGAAACUGUUAGAGAAUUGCUCUUUGUGAAGCCAUUACCUUGAGGCCAAACAGAACCAGGGAUUUAUAACUGGUCCAGGGACAAGGUGCUAUAGUCUCAGGCUCUGGAAAUGUCAAUCAUUUUUGUGUUCCAGGUGUACUUUUAUAACUAUGUAUGUGAGAGAUAUGUACAUAAUUGUCUGCCUCUCAGGAAGUAGAAAAACUAGAAGAUACUAUAACCUCAGAAAAAAAAAUAAAGUGAUAAAGGUAAACAGAGAUUGGCUAAAAGCAGGUAAGGAAUAUAUGCUUACCUCAAGUGAAUCAUUGUAGAAAUAUGAUUCCCACCCUCCCCUCCCCUUUGCCACCAAGAAGCUUGUUUUCUGGAUGGCUGCUGAAACGGGAAUCAAUUGAGACCUUUGGAGUAAGGACUGAGUUGAUUCCCACUGAAGUUUUCUGCACAGCAGAUAGAGAGCGUAGUUUACCCCCAUCUGCUGUCUACAAGAGGGUUGUCCAGGGAACAUCUUGCAACUAUCAGAUGUUAUCUGCACUAUCUAUGUGAUGUCUCCCUCUGGCAGGAGACUUGGGAGGCUAUAGGAUAGCCCUUCCUGCUCUCUCUCGUCUCCUGUUAUUCUUAUCAUGGAGGCAACAGCCUGGAAGUCUUUGUUUAGUGAUUGCAACCCAGUGGUAAGCCUUAGACCUUUGGUGGUCCCUGCCAGUAUCCCUUAAUUUGGGUAUUUAAGCCCCGAAUUUGAUGUUUUGUGAGACAGGGUGAGCAUUCUAAUCUAGGCCCUGCCUAUGAGCUUCCUUUGUCAAGGCUCCUUCUUCAGUCACCCAGCACUCAAGACAGAGCCAAAGGGAUGCCCUCCUCCCUAUGGCUGUGAUGUCUGGCAGGACUGGCUCCAGCUAGGAGGGCAGGCAGUCCUCAGUGCAGGCUUUUUCUCUCCUCUGAUGAGUCCAGGAGCUGAAAGUUUGAAAUGCCACAUGUGAAAGGCUUUUGUUGUUUGUAUUUUUUAAAUGUAAACUUGAUUAUUUUAUUGCUAAUUUAAAAAUAAAAUGAAUUUAUAUUGAUUACAAAA